AUGGCCGAUGUCUCUUCUCCUAACGUCAAAGCUGAGCCCGCUCCCAUGAACAGCGCUGGGAAGACGGCAACUGGCCCAGAGUCUGCUACUUCCCAGAAGACUGGCUUUGUCAAUGCCACAACCCCUCAGUCUAGUUCAACUGAGGUUGCAUCUCCUGAGGCCCAUGACAAUAACCACAACAAGAUCUCCGCACCAACCAGCAAGCCGAUUCGCACGCCCCCAAAACUCGAUGCUAUCAUGGAAGAUCAUGUCCGAGACAUGAUGAACAAGGCUCGCAGAGUUGCAAAUGGUGGAGACAACCCGUUCAAGUCGGAACAGGACAUCAAGGAAUUGACCCUGCUUGCCAACAACCUUGUCAAGCUCAUGAAUGCUGCCUACAUCGCUACGGACACUAUUGUUCGUGGUGUGGCCUACAUGCAAGGAGGAAGUCAAGCACAUCCCAAAACCGCCAUGAAAUUCGCUAGACAAGAUCGCCGUGCACGUCUGGCUGCGGAAAAAGCUGCGGAACCUGCUGUUGGUGGUCCUCCAAGUCAAGCUGCGGCAGAGGCAGGUGCCAAAGACACUACUCAAGCUGUGACCAACGGACAUGGUGCGGAAUCGGUUGGUGACAAUGGCUCUAACAAGGAGAAUGCUGCACCCAGCGCUGAAGUCCAUCACCAGAACCCAAAGUCUCCUCAGAACAAGACCAGCAAGAAGAAGGGAUAUUGGCGCAGCCGCCGCGCCCUCCGAAAGCGCACGGACAGUACUAUCUCCAAGACGCCAGAGAACAAGAUCAAAGGUCAAGCUGAGUGUGUGGAUGAUGCGAAGGGCAGUGUUAACGGCAAGGGUACAGUCAUGGAACGAAAUCCUAAAACAUCUAGCUCAGACACCACUGUUCAGGAGACGGUUCUGGGUCAAGGUGUCGAUAUUCCUGUCACGGUCUAG